GGGCGGCCAGGCGGCACUCGAGGCUUGUCGCGCGGGCGAAGAAGCAGCAGCGCCGGGGCGGCUGUGGCGUGCGCGUGCGUGUUGGGUGUCUCCUCAGUUCGUUACGCGGCGACCGAGGAGGAGGAGGAGGAGGAAAAGGCGGCGGAGAAGCAGCAGCGGUAGGAGGGAGGCCUCCGGAGGACCGCCGCGGUGACACCUUGGUCGUCCGCUCCACCAACGUCCCUGCCCGCCGUCCUCGGAAGAAGAAGGAGCAGAAGUAGCAGGAGUCGCCGCCCAGAAGCACACGGUAACCAUGAGUGAUCGAAAGGCUGUGAUCAAGAAUGCGGAUAUGUCUGAGGAAAUGCAGCAGGACUCUGUGGAGUGUGCUACACAGGCCUUGGAAAAAUACAACAUUGAGAAGGAUAUUGCUGCCCACAUAAAGAAGGAGUUUGACAAGAAAUACAAUCCUACUUGGCACUGCAUUGUGGGAAGAAAUUUUGGCAGCUAUGUGACCCAUGAGACCAAACACUUCAUCUACUUCUACUUGGGUCAAGUUGCAAUUCUGCUCUUCAAAUCCGGUUAGAACAUGGGAGUGUUCCACCCAAAACAUGCAUUUGGUAACAGGACUGCACGCUAAUUCUAAAUAGACUGAAGUCUUCAGCCUUCCCCAGGAAACAUACUAUGAUCUUCAAGCCUUUUGUUGUUUUAAUGGACAGGUACUUCUCUGUACCAUUUUGUGUUUUUGUUGUGGCCAUAAAAUAGCAAAAAAAAAAAGUAAUCUUGUAUGUACUUUUUCUUUCUAAAAAAACAAACCCCAGUUCCUUUUCUAAUAAAACUGUUGGGCAUACAUUCAAUCUUUAAGAGCUUAUUCUAAUACUUCUAUAAUUAGCCCAGUUCAUCUAUUCAGAUUUUGCGUUGUAGACUUAAAGUAGCAAAGUAUUUUACUAAAUUAAGGGUGGGUAACAUGUGGCCCUCUGAAUGUUGCAGGAUUAUAGCCCCCAUCUCUGACCAUCGGCUAUGCUGGUUGGGGCUGAUUUGAAUUGGAGUCCAAAAACAUUGGGGAGCCUCAGGUUAGCUGCCCUUCUAUUAAAUGAACUAGAUUUUCUUUGCCAAAGUUGCCCUAAUAAUGGAGCCAAUAGAACAUUACUCCAUGUGCUUGCUAUAAUCAUAGGUUGCAUCUGAUUCUAAGCACGUUUUCUUGAAAUAAAACUUAAGUGACUCUAGUCAGUGGGUCUUUCAAGCAAGCAUGAACAGGAGUGCAUGAAAAGUUUGCAUAAAUCAGAAGGAAUCCCAAUGUAUUCAUGGUCUUUCUAUUACAGUCUAGUGUGCAUCUAAUGUCUACACAGAUGUAUCUAAGAAUGCUCUUAACUCUCCGGUGUACAAGUUCUCGAUGUUUAGUGCUAUAUAGAAGAGAUGCAGUUAAUGAAUUUAAAUGUAUGUUCUUGUAACAAAUAUGUACCAUUCUUCAGAUCACUUCUGAAAAUACUCAGUGAUGCCCAAUUACUUAAAUUCUAGUCUAAUGUAAUCAAAAUACAUUUAUAACACUUGUUGUCUGUACUGUACAACUGUUUCAAGGUUAAGGACAGAACAGGCCACAUCUUGCACUGAUAGGUCAGCAUUGUUGUACUCAAAAUAGUGCUUGUAGAUGUAAGGAACCAUUGUUUAUAGUGCUGUGACAGAAUGGCUAUGUUAUAAGGUGUCAUCUAGCUAAGCAGGACGUGUAGUUCCUGUUUUUCCAAUUGACAAUUCCAAUACAGAUGCAGACUAGGAAAAAUCUCUACUUGUUGGAAGAGGAAGGUCUUAAGUAGUUGCCAGAAAGCCAGAGACAGCUCCUGUCUUAAUACUUGAUGGGAGGGAAUUCCAAGGAGAUGGUGCCACUGCAGUGAUCAAUUUGGUAUAUAAGGGGUGAGAUGAUCUUUCAGGUACCCUGGUCCUAAGCUCUAUUAGGACUAUAGGAGGAGGCCUAACUUGCAGUGAGGGACAGGCAGCAUACACAUCUAAUGCUUUGCAGUACCUGCAGCUAAAAAGAUUUUGCUCCAUCAAGUAAAGAAACAAAGGUGGGAAAGAUGAUGCAACCACCCACCUCACACAGGAGAAGCAGUAGCCUGAAGAUGUAGGUUUGCUACCUAUCGAGGAUCUUAAGUUCACCCUAAGCAAGCUAGGCCAGCUCUACCAGUUACCCUUCAUAGCUAAAUGGAACCUGUAUGCUAUCUUUGAAUAACAGGUGACAAGCAGGCACAAAACGGGAGUGUGUGUGUGCUUAGCAGGCCAACUGCUGAGGGAAAAGGAUGCUGAAUCUUUGAGUGCAUGAACCAGCAAGGGAACAGGCAGCUUUCUCAUUUGUACUUCAGCAUAUGUGACCAGGCCUGCCCCCCACCUCCACCCGAAGCAUCAUAACAUAAGAACGACCAUUUUAACAUGGUUCAAUCUGCUUUUAAGCCUCUUUAUAAUUCAAUGAAACCAAGACAACAUUUGAAAAUCUAUACGCUAUUUUUUAAUAAAUACAAGAAAUCUCACCAGCUGCCACCUGCUGAUGACAAGAUUGGGUCCAAGUCACUUAAGCACCAAUAAAUAGGCCUUUAAUUUUUUAAAA